CUGGGCCGCCAUGGGGCGCUCGCUGUGGGGCUGGGGGCGCCGCCGCCCCCCCCCAGGAACGGAGACCCCCAAAGCCGUUAUCCCGCUGCCCAGUCUGGGGGCGACUCUCGGGCGCCUCCUGGCGGCGCUCGAGGCGCUCGUGGCCCCCCCGGACCGGGCCCGCGCGCGGCGCCUCGUGCGCGACUUUGGCGCGCCGGGGGGGGCGGGGCCGCGGCUGCAGGAGCGCCUGCGCAGAACCCGCCCCGCCCCCCCCCGCCUGCCCGAGUGGCCCUGGGGCUCCAGCGAGCGCCUCCCCCUGCCCGUGCACACCAGCGCGGGGCUGGCGCUGCCCCCGCGGGACUGGGAGGACUGGAGGGGGCAGCUCUGGUUCGCCGCCCGGCUCCUCUCAGGGGUUCUGGACUAUCGGGAGCAGCUCCAGAGCCGUGACCCCCCCGAGCCGUGGCUCCAGGCCGCUUUCGGGGGCUGUCGGGUCCCGGGGCCCCGGCGGGACGAGGUCCUGAGGGUCCCCCCGGGGGCCCCGCCCCCGUUCGUCACCGUCAGCAGCAACGGCCAGGUGGGGGGGGGGCAGGGGGCGGGGCCUGUUUUUCCUGGUGGGGGUCGCGACCCCUCGGGCCGGCCCCUCCCCCCCCCCGCCCUGCUCGCGGCCUUGGGGGGGCUCCGGGUGCGCGCGGGGGGGGGCGGGGCCCGAGCCCACCCCCCCGUGGGGCUCCUGACGGGGCAGCAGCGCCGCGAGUGGGGGCGGAGCUACGGCAGCAUGAUGAGAGACCGGCUAAGCCGCGCCUCCCUGGGGCGGAUCCAGAGGAGCCUCCUGGUGCUGAGCUUGGACUCACCUGUGCUGGCCCCGCCCGGUGGGCGUGGCCCCGAGGGCGUGGCCGCCCAGGUGCUGCACGGGGGCGGGGCCAACGCCAACAGCGCCAAUCGCUGGUGGGACAAGACCCUGCAGGUGGUGAUUGGCCAGGACGGCACCUGCGGCGCCCUAUGGGACCCGGCCGUCAUCGACGGCGCCGUCGUCUCCGAGCUGCUCGACCACGCCCUGGAGCACAGCCGCCGCUUAGGCCCCGCCCCCUCCCUGGAGGCCACGCCCCCUUUGCCCCCCCCGCAGCGGCUCCGUUUCAGCGUCGGCCCCGAGCUGGUGGCGCAGGUGGAGCGGGCCAAGAAACACCUGGACAGCCUGGCGGCGGACGUGGACGUUCAUUGCUUCAGCCACGAGGGGUUCGGAGAGGGGGCGGGGCCACGGGCGGAGGCCGUGGUGCAGGUGGGGCUGCAGGUGGCGUUCUACAG